AUGCCCUGCGGCCGCACACCCACUUCCGGGGUGGGGCCUGCUCCUGGGCCCGCCCCGCUCGUGAGCCAAUUGGCUGCCGCGAGCCCGGGGGUGAAUGAGGGUGUCCUGACGGUGCUACCGGGCCCGGGGGUGAAUGAGGGUGUCCUGACGGUGCCGCCAGGCCCAGGGGUGAAUGAGGGUGUCCGGGCGGUGCCGCCGGGCCCGGGGGGUGGUCUCAUCAACCUGAAGAUGGCAGCUGUGAUCUCUGUUGGUGCAGACAAUGUUGCUCCUGAGAGCCAGCUGCUGAUCUCUCCAGGGUCUUCAAAAGGAAAGAGCACACACUCUGGAGGAGUAGUUUGCACUCCACUUCAUAAAAAAGCGUUCUCACCAGCAGCCAUGACUUGCUCUAGGAGAAAGGCUCUUGGUAAAAAAGCAAUCACUACGUCUGCAGCCAUGUCUCACUCUGGGGGAAAGGCUCUUGGUAAAAAAGUAAACACUGUACCUGAAGGCACAUAUCAGCCUUUGAGAAGGGCUCUUGGAAAGGUGAAUACAACUACAGGAGUCACGAGCAAGAUGCCCCAGAUGAAGCAGGAAAAUCAGCCCCAGAUGAAGCAGGAAAAUCAGCCCCAGAUGAAGCAGGAAAAUCAGCCUUGCACUGCAAACAAAACUGAUGAAAAGACUGAAUUAGACAGCUGGACUUCAGAGUCUGAUGAAGAUUUGGUAGAGUGUAAAGAAGAAGAUUGGGUUGAGUCUGAAGAAGAUUGGCCAGAAGUAGAAAAUAUGUUUCAUUUUGAUCCUCAAGACUUUGAGGUCUUUGAUGUUCCUGAGGAGUGCAAACUAAGCAAUCUGGACCUGCAUGGUGUUCCCCUCAUGGUAUAUCCAAGGACAUACCACAGAUGUGUAGAGGAGGAGCCAACACCUCUUCCCACUCCAGAGCUGUCGUUUACACCCAGCUUGCUGCAAGCACACUUUGACUUCAUUGCUAGCCUGGAAAAACUACACUUCCCUGAGCUGCCACCAUUUCCAGCUGACUUUUAUGAGGAGCAGGAAUGUUGUAACAGGUUUUAAAUUUCAUGUAGUUCUGUAUUUUAAUAAAGGCUAAUCUAACAUGCA